AUAGAAAAAGUACACAAACACAAAUAAAACUCUCAUAAUUUAGCAGAAUUUUCGAAAAAAAAACUGCCGUAUUUUUUGUAAAACAAAUAUUUUUGGCUUUUGAUAAAAACAAAUAAAAAAUGGAACGCUUUUAUCAGCUGAUACGCCUGCCGAGCCUUCAUGUGGACUACAACAACAACGACAUAAAUCGGCAGCCAGGGUUGGACCAGCUGCUGGAUGCCCCCCACGAGCCGCCCAGGAACCUGGAGCCCUUGGCCGAGCCUGAGCCUGCUGCGCUCAUGCCACAAAAGAAGCGCAGCCAUAUGACCAUCUCGCAGCCAUUCCGCAUUCAGAGCGAAGUCAGCGAGCUGCAGCGCAAUGCGUGGCAGGCCAUACAGGAUGUGCCAGAGGAGCAGCGGCGCGAUCACUACGUCAAUUAUAUGAUGGAAAACUUGAACAGUCAGAACUAUCCGCAUGGUGUGGGUCUGCCACAUCGCUGGGGUCAGUUUUGAAGGAGCAGAGCCCAAACAUAAACCUAAUAAAAUAAAACCAAAAUAAGGCCAAGCA